CAAAAACAAACUUCUGGUAACCUUCUUGUCGUCUGCUUUCCCAGCACGCCAUUUUCAAGACACUCCGUAUUUUGCACAUUUUUUACCCUUUCUAGUCUACAGGAAACAUUCAGGUGGAGAGACUGAAAGGCUGUGUGAGGAUGGCGGCCUGCGUGGGGGUCCUUCCACCGCCUCCCCAGGGAGCGCCGCCACCCACCUCCUCCCUGGUGAGCGACACACACCGCUAUGCCUGCAAGUCUUACGCCAACAAGCUCCUGCAGAACCUUUGUGCCCUUUGGCAUUCCCAGCACUUCUGUGACGUCGAGAUUUCCGCAGGGGGCUUUGUGGUGAAGGCUCACCGGGCAGUGCUCUCGGCAGGAAGUGCAUAUUUUCAGGCCAUGUUUACUGGUGGCUUGGCAGAGGAGACCCAGACUUUGGUGGAGAUUAAGUCCAUCGCCCACAGUAUCAUGUCCCAGCUUAUCAACUUCAUCUAUACAGGAGACAUUGAGAUAACAGUGGAGAACGCACAGGAGUUGGUGGUGGCCGCAGACAUGCUGGAAAUCCAUCAUGUGGUGCACGUGGGAACAAACUUUCUUACAAAGGAACUGCAUCCCACUAAUGCCCUUGGGAUCUACAGGUUUGCCGAGGCACAUCACCUGGUGGAGCUCCUGGAGGCGGCGAGGGACUACAUCUUCGCUAACUUCUCCGAGGUGGUGAUGGAGGACGAGUUUCUGGAGAUCCCGAGGGACGUUUUGGUUCGCAUCCUCCAGUCUGAAUACCUGCGGAUUGAUUCGGAGUUCCAGGUGUUCUCGGCCGCCAUGCGCUGGAUUGGGCAGGACAUCACCAUGCGUCGCCGUUACGUGUUCGACAUCCUCAACCAGGUGCGUCUGCCACUCAUCCCGAGCAAGCUACUCGAGAAGUCCAUCAGCGAGUGUAGUGACAUCAGCUUGAAGGUGGCCCUGCGGAGCAUACAGAAGGACCUGGCCAGCAAGCGAGGGAGUCUGGUGCCCUUGUACGUGCAGCCGAGAAUCUGUGCACGGAAGAAGAUUUAUGUCAUUGGCGGGUCGAAGCGGGAGUUGAUAAGCUCCUGGACGCGGUCGGAGUGCACAUUUGAGAGUGUGGAGUGCUUCGACACGUACCGGAAGGAGUGGCAGAAGGUUUGCCCCAUGGAGAUCGGCCGCAUCCUGCCCGGCAUCUCGGUGCUCAACGGCAGGAUCUACGUGGUGGGCGGGGAGCAGGAGUCACAGAUCCUGGCCAACGGGGAGGUGUACGACCCACAGGAGGACAUGUGGACCAACAUUGCCUCCAUGGUGAUCCCGCGCUGUGAGUUCGGCCUGUGUGCUCAUGAAGGGUCACUCUACGCCUUUGGAGGCUGGGUCGGGGAGGACAUCGGUGGUUCCAUAGAGAAGUACGACCCGGUGGCAGAUGAGUGGAGGCUGGAAUCAGACAUGCCUGAGGCGCGAUUCAGCAUGGGGGUAGUGCAGCACCAGGGCCUCAUCUACAUUGUGGGGGGCUGCACACACAGCCAACGCCACCUGCACGACCUGCUCUGCUACAACCCAGUGACCGGUGAGUGGCAGAACCUGGCCCCCAUGUUGACACCGCGCAGCCAGAUGGGUGUGGCGGUGCUGGAUGGCUUCCUCUACGUGGUGGGCGGCACGAACAGACACACGGCGCUUACUUCGGUGGAGAGAUACUCAUUUGAACAGAACAAGUGGUUUGAGUGCCCGCCCAUGUCGGUGGGACGUGCCAGUCCAGCCGUGGCAGCAACAAACUCUCUGCUCUACGUCAUCGGCGGCGACCAGACCAGCGAGGUGAACGACUUCUACCGGGCACAGGUGACCAUCGCACAUGUGGAAUACUUUGACCCCAACACCAACCGCUGGCUGGACUGCACCUCCUUACCAGAGAGUCGGUCCGAGGCUGGUGCGGUAGUGAUCUGACCUCCCCCACCCGCCCUGCGCCGGCCCCAGCCCACCCGCCGAGGCCACCGCCCCCGUGACAGGGAGCAGCAGGGCCCAGAGUGUCUCGUGGUGAGAAAGAGAAGCAUAAGUCGCCAGGCACACAGCCCACGCCAGCCCGCCUAGCACUACCCUCCCUCCAGCCCCACCCACACACUGGUGCUGACCAUGCCCCACACAGGUCCCCUCAUCCACCAGCAACACAAUAGUGCAUUUGUUAGCUCAGAGGAACCUGCUUCCACGCCACCCAGUCCUAAGGUGAAGUUCUUGAAGGGUCUCCUAAACAGGUCAGGCCUUCCCUGGCGAGGCUCCCAGUCCUGCUGUGACGUCCUCAAGGGAUUUCUUAGCAGGCACGACCUGCUCAAGAUUUUCUAGUACUAAAAAAUCAGGAUUUAUUUGAAGGUAGAAGUGAUGACUGGUCCUAGUGGUCAUCAGUCGCUAGUGGAAGCUCAAUAGUGUUUUCUGGGUAGAUCUGACCUUCACUUGAGGGACACUCACUGCUUAAGUCAAUCUGUAGGCGACUCUGAGUAGACAUGACCUUCACUUUGAUACAUUGUGGUGCGAGAACCCUGUUGUGUGCACUUCUGACUCGUGGUUAGUGUGAUGCUGGCUGCCAGUGUAUGGCCAGCCGGUGUGGUGGCUGUGAGGGAGGGACACACUAGGCCUCCUCUGCCCAGCCUGGAAUGGUGGGGGAGGAGGCAUUGCAAUUAUUUCCAUGUGGCUGUGUCAAUCAUUGGUGUAUCUUUGUCUCUGCAGAAACAGGAAGCUCACAGUGUAUUGCUUGUCAAAAAACUGAAACCAAAAAAUACCUUGAAAGUGAAACUUAAGAUAUGCAAGACCCUCCAGGCACAUUUUUCUACGUUUCUUGAUGCUUUUUAGCAUGGAUUUCUUUAUCAGCAUAACAAAGAACUGAAAAUUUUGAGCUUUCAUUCUCAUAUCAAGCAAAAGCAAACAAAGGAGAGAGAUGCACCACACAGCAGGGAGAGCCUGGGCACACUGAAUAGUGCAGCCUUGCAUUGACCAGCCAUCCAGGCAGCAGCAGCAGCAGCAGCAGCAGCAGCAGCAGCAACAUUAUUGUUUAUGAUUUAACAUUAUUUGCAGUACUAUUCAUACUAUUAAAUCGCCAUCUAAUAUCUAUUGAAUUAGUCUGGUGCAUAAGUACUUUGUACAUUGACAUGAAAGAGUUGUGUUGGUGUUUGGCUCAACACCUCUCCUGGGGUGACUGUGUGCAGGUCACGGUGCAGUGGUGGGUGGCACCAUACCACACCCAGGAUGGCUGCUGUGGCCUCCAGAGCCACAGCCACUCAGUGCACCCCAGGAACACACUGGACACGUUUGUGACCCACACCGGUCCCUCGGCUUCACCACCAGGAACACUUGGUGUGGUGGCCGUGGGCUGCCAGUGCUGCCUGGAGUGUGGCUCAUGUGGCAGGAUAACCUGGGCCACACAGACGUGGGGUGGGGAGGGAGGGAGGUCCGUCACCCAGGGAGGGGAGGUGGGCUGCGGCCCUCAGGGUGCAUAGGUAGUCAAGCUUGCAUUGCUUUGUUCAGGCCUCGUAGUCACGGUGGGUAGGUUGUAGUGUAGUGCUGGCAGUCUUAGUUCAGGUGGAUCAAUUUUUAGCUUAAUGCCAAAGGGUCUUUUAUAUGAUAAUUAAGAGGGUGUGCUGCACCUGAUCUGACUUCUCUUGGUGUUUGUGAAUGCCCAGCCUUAACUCAGUCCUGUUAAGGAAUUGUAGUAUCUUUGUAUCAUUUCUAUAUUUCAAAUUUGAAAUGCAAAUUUCUCAAGCACUUGUAUGUACAAGUGUCCGUCAUCGGGAGGCCAGGCGGUGGCCGUGCCGGGAUGCCAACAGCAGGCCCCCCCUGUCACCCUCCUGCUUCCCCUUCCUCUCCAUAGGAAGGUGAGGGAGCAGUGCUGUGGGACAGAGCAUGCUGGGAGGCAGCCAUUACCAGUGUGUGAAAUACAUCCUCCCUCAGAGGUGCCAAAGUACCCAGUGGUGCUGAGGCGUCCCAGUGUCAUUCUCCCAGCAUGGGGUGCCACUCAGAGCUACGCCACCCACCCGGCCUCCCUCUAGCCGUAGACACGUUAGGCCGUCGCUUUUUUCUGUGAGGGGUGAGUGGCGCCGCUGGCCUGCCGUGUGGCUGGCCGCGCCAAUCUGCUUGUCAUUGCCUUACACAGAAUAUCCUGUGCUUUACCUGUACAUACAGAGCUUGGUCAGGACUUUGUGGGUGACCAUUCUUCACACUCUUGUCUGUGAGCAGUGAUUGGUUCCGAGUGUGUGGAGGUGACAGGUUGUGGGAGUGGGAGGGACAGGAUGUAAAUAUGUGUGAGAGAAAGAGAGAGAGAGAGUGUGUCCAAGUAACAUGGAAGAGUAAGAAUGUAAGGGAACAGUGAGUGUGUGGUUCGUGAUGGCGUUGGCAUUUGUGUUGGCUAAUGCUUGGUGUUGCCUGAAAGUUUCUGUUGCUUGUAUGUGGUGUUUGUGCAUUUUCUUAACAGUAUUUUACAUGCACACACAGACACAGACACUGACACAAUCGACACAAUCACACACAAUGUAGCUUUCUGUCCAGGGUCUGUCUCACUAGUGCAUGAUGGCAACACAGAGGAGCUGUAAGACAAUCUACAAAAUUAUUAAAGACUCAAGAGAAAACAUUGAAAGACUAGACAUUUCCAUGAAUUCACUAUAAAUACCAACACCUGCUUGAACUGUGAAGUCAUCAGGAUGAUUGGAAGUCAAGUUCACCAGCAUAUUGGUUAAAUUUGCUCUCUCUUAGGCAUUUCACUGUAGAUAGAGCACUGGAGGGGGUGUAGGGAGUGUGUAAGCAUGAGAGAAGCAUGGUAGGGCAUUGUAGAAGUUACGCAGGGAGUCAUUGUGUCAUAAGGACAUGGGAGGGUAUGGGAGGAGGGAGAGAUGGAGGGAGCAGGGAGGCAGAGCUGCUUGGUUUAGUCUCCUCAGCAGUGGGGUUCACACAGAGCCGUGGAAGAGCUGAGUCUACCUGAAUGUUGAGCCUGAAUUCAUCCGUCGUAACCUUAAUCAAAUUGAGUCAUAGCUUUACUCUUGUUUUGUGGAGUCUCCCUCCCGUGUGGAGACUCCAGCCAUGUCUUAGUUAAGUCUAUUUUAUUGGAGUUGUAUUCUAUUUCAAGAGUUUUAUAUAUAGUAUACAUGAACAAUAUAAUUAUUUUAUAUAUAUUAUAUUAUAUGAUAUACCUAUACCAAAAACACAUAAUUUUAUAUACAUGAACAGGGUGGCAGGUGAGGGGCAAGGGGCGAGUGGCAGGCGUGUGGUGCCUCCCUCCCUGAUGCAGGCUGGGAAGGCCACCCCCCUGCACUCCACCCCUCCCUAGCCUGCUUCUGUGCACCCCUCCCUCAUUUGAUAAGGAGCCAUUCUGCUUUCAUUCUGAAAAGAUUACAUUGAUGCUUAGUUUCAUUCAACAAUAACUUCUAACAUGAAAAAUAAAAAAUUGUGUAAUCUCUUGAAUAGCACAUUUGCUUUGAGUGUGAGCCAGCCAGUGUGUUCAGUGACAAACAGCUUGCUGCAAGAAUGUUUCUGCUUUAGGAUUCUGCAAACUAGAAGGAAGUAGACUUUUGGUAAGUCGUUGUAGUUUCUCAGAAUGGAACUGGCUCGUUAAAUGAGGGGAAGGUGUACAAUUAUAUUUUGUUUCCUACAAGACUUGGUAUGAACGUGCAUGGAUGUGAGUUAUAUUUAAACCAUUAUUACAAAAUAUUUAUUUUUUAAUUGGUAGUUUGUAGAGCUGAAGCAGUUCAAGGUUUUUGUUUACCUCCUGUCCAGACUUAUCUGUCGUGUUUUAGUAUGUGAUACUCUAUACUUUACUGAGCAUUUCAUGGAUGCAUUCCUUCAAGUGUUUGCCAGUUGUCUGUGGUGACUGUCCAUCACAGGUGUGUGUGUAUGUGUGUGUGUAUGUGUAUGUGUGUGUGUGUGUGUGUGUGUGUGUGUGUGUGUGUGUGUGUGUGUGUGUGUGUGUGUGUGUGUGUGCGCACGCAUGCGCACGUGUGUACGCACACACUCCUGGGAUGCAACAUUGAUCAAGCAUUUCUGAUGUGUUCCCUGAGGCAGUAGCAAGCAGUGGCAUGUGUAGUGCCACAGUGGUCACUGCACCACCACAGCCUGGUGCAGCCAUCGGGGAGGGAGGGGAAGCAGGACUCAGCACACUGCUGUGGGUGAGUGUGUGGUGUCCGGGGAGUCCUGGUGUGCUGUAGUGGCUGCCCUACCAUGCCCGCCUCUCCCACAGUGAGGUGUUCAGUCAAGGUUUCUCAUGCAUGUCCAGAACUGUUUUAUUUUAAUUUUCAUUCCAUUAAGUCAUUCUGUGUGCUGGUCUGCUUCCACAACAUUAUCUCAGAAUGCUGUACUCACUUCCAGGGUAGAAGGGAGCAAGGAUCUCACCAUAACGUUAUUGCAUUGUUGCGUUUAGUACUGAGAGAAUGAGAGAAAUGUGUGUCAAAUGAUACUGUGGGAUCUUAUUUACAUGAUUAUUUUUUUCUAAUGGUGGGACCAGAGAAGGAACUUUUCAGGCAUGGUAAGUGGUCCAACAAACUGAUUCUUAAAUCUUUUUGUCAGUUUAAUAUAAUUCAUGUGCCCAUUUUAGUAUAAUUCCAAAAUUGAUUUAAUUUUUUUUCUACUGAAUUUUUAUAAGUUUUCUUUCCAAUACCUGGAUCGGCAGUGUUGUGGUGUGCCAUCCUGCACUCAUACCAAAGAUGAAUGUAGCUCUGAGGGAACUGCAAAGAUGUUGUGCCCUCCAUGUGUCCUCCUGGCUAUGUGGUCUGUCCUCACACCACACAUCUGCCAGUGUUACUUUGUGUACUUGUGCAUGGAAAUUAACUCAUGAUUCCUUAUCUAAUAUUUGUUUUGUUGUAUUCACUUUAACCUCAAGAUGAGGUGGAUUGUUAUGUUACACCAUUUUUCAGCACAUUACCAAAGGACCUUCAUCAUACCUUGGAAAAGUGGAGACAGUAAAACCCCUACAGGCUGUAGGAAGGCUUGCCAGCUAAGCUGAAGCCUGCCACAGAUUUUAUCUAACCUGCCACAUCCUACAUCUGUGGCAAGUGUCCUGCAUGUACCACCUUCCAUUGUCUGUGGAAAAUCCUCUUAAUUCUACCACACUGGUAAUGACACAUUUCAUUACAAUGGGCCUUUCUGUUUAUCAGAAAUUAUACCCUAAUUAAAAUCUGAAGCUAAACACAGCACUAAGGUUAUGGAUGAGUGUUCUGGUAGCAGCAGUGCUUGCUUGCCUGUGAAAUGGCAAGCCCAAGGUUCUGCAGGGUUUAGCCAGAAUUGUAACAUACACUCACUCCUAAACUGUGUUCCACCAACAAGACUGAGGUGCUCACAGGUCCAGAUAGGAAACAAGUUUUGCAUGGUCUAACCAUCUCUGGGAGUAACAGUUUUUGGCGCAGGCUUAAUCACUUGAGUAGUGUAGGGAUGUUUGGUGAGAUUGUGUAGUACAUUCUUGUGAGUGGUGGUGUGUGUAGCUCAUGGCAAAGUGGAGAGCAGGAGCAGCAGCAGCAGCAGUCAGCUCCAUCCUGACUUGUGGGACAGAGCAAUGUGGCUUCUCAAUCCAGUACUCUUAAUUUGAUGUAGAAUUUCUCCUCAAAUUUGCUGAUAUGAUACCAGAACAAAAAAAUAAUGAAGGUACUAAAUUAUUGGAAGAAACAUAUUCACAUCAGCAAGUCCAUUGUACAUAGAGUUGAGCAGCAAGCUGACAGUAGCUCUAGCACAAAAUCUGUGAUGUCAUUGAAGGUUUAUGUUAUUGUUAGCAAGUCAGUAUUUCCCUGCAUUGCUGUAAUGGAAGAUAGGUUUUACUGUUCAAAUGUUAAUGUUGAGAAUCUCUACAAGUUCUGAAAGUUGAGGUGUUGUGUGUUUUUAUCUGCACUGUUAGUUGUGGAGGUGGACUUUGUAUCUUGCUCAGUUCUCAAAUAAAAUGUAAAUGUCAAGAAA